CAUGUCUUUUGACCUUCGCUUUGUGUUUUCAAGUUUUUGCCUCACCAUCUUAUUGGGAGCGGCUAUGGCCAGUCCCUUGCCAGCUGCAUUUGUAGAUGCCGAAGAAGCUGCCGGGCAAUUUGAGGGCGAUAUGGUAUUGAAUGAAGAACAGCUGAGCGUUUUGCAGGGAAAUGCUGACAUUCAAGGUCGCAAUGGUAUUAUAUCGGAGACAAGAAGAUGGCCCAACAAUGUAGUUCAUUAUAAAUUGGUUGGUGAUUUUGAUGCCGCCCAUCGUAAUGCCAUUUUAGAUGGCAUUGCCACCUUGGAGGCCCGCACCUGUGUACGUUUCAGCGAGGCUGAUGACUCUGAGACCAAUUACGUGGAAAUCACCUCAGAAUCAGGAGGCUGCUUCAGCUCCGUAGGUUAUCGGGGCAACGUGCAACAGAUGAAUUUGGAAGUCUAUCCCUUGGGACAAGGAUGCUUCCGUACCGGCACCAUUCUGCAUGAAUUCAUGCAUGUUUUGGGUUUCUAUCAUCAGCAAAGUGAUUCUAAUCGUGAUAAUUAUAUUCGAGUAAUUGAAGAAAAUAUAGUGCCGGGAAAAGAAUUCAACUUUGACAAAUACCACUACACAUAUAUAACCGAUUUCGAUGUGGGCUAUGACUAUGACAGUUGUCUACAUUAUCGUCCAGAUGCAUUUUCCGUCAAUGGUGAGGAUACCAUAGUGCCCUUCGAUGAGAAGGCAAACAUAGGUCAGAGGGUGACAUUGAGCGAAAAGGACGUUGCAAAAAUCAACAUAAUGUACAAGUGUCCCAUUCAAGUUUGAUUUAGUUCAAGCUAAAAAUAUUUAAUGACCAAAAUAUUUAUUAUCUGCUAAUAUUUGCAAAGUAUAAACUUUAAUACUUAACUGAGAUCAUAAAUGUGUGUUUUUGUAUACACUUAUCUUAAGUAUUUUU